GUAGGGAGGGGGAUUGCAUGGCCAGGGGAGGGCGUCCCUGCACCCUUUACGUAGUCCUUCCGAGCUUCUCUUAUGCUCCUAAUAUCCACCUCAUGGCCCGGAUCCCGCAGAAACCAGUUGUACCACUUCAGUGUUUCUGGGCCCUCAAAAUGCCCCAGGAUCUAAGACCCCUGACCCUUCCCUAGGACCCAGGUCAACGGAGCAGUGUUGGGAGGGGCCCGAGGCGGGCGGAUGGGCUCUGCGCGCCGCCUUGGGUAGAGAGAGCUACUGAAAGGAGGUGGAGAGGGCGCUUCCCCCCCAGAUGUCCUUUGACUCCUACCCAUACCCCUCGUUUAGGCUCGGGGGACAGAGGCUGGCCAUGCUGCACGUGGCCCGGGGGGUUUGGGGAUCCCGGGUCCGAGGAUGGCCCCUUUUGCCCGCGCUCCUCGGCCCCGCCCGAGCCCUGUCCUCGCUGGCGGCCAAGAUGGGGGAGUACCGCAAGAUGUGGAACCCCACAGAACCACGCGACUGGGCGCAGCAGUACCGGGAGCAGUUCAUCCCAUUCACCAGGGAGCAGCUGCUCCGCCUCCUGAUACAGGAAUUCCACUCCAGUCCUGCGGAGAAGGCAGCUUUGGAGGAGUUCUCAGCCCACGUGGACUUCUGCACCUUAUUCCACUACCACCACAUCCUGACCCGGCUGCAGGCCUUAUAUGACCCCAUCAACCCUGACAGGGAGACCCUUGACCAGCCUUCACUCACAGACCCCCAGCGUCUGUCCAAUGAGCAGGAGGUGCUUCUGGAGCUGGGGCCCCUGCUGGCCCAGGCCAACUUCUCCCCACUCUCCGAGGAUGCCCUGGCCUACGCGCUGGUGGUCCACCACCCUCAGGAUGAGGUCCAGGUGACAAUAAAUUUGGAUCAGUACAUCUACAUGCAGUUCUGGGCCCUGGGCCAGAGAGUUGGACAGAUGCCUCAGAAGCCCAGGGUGGGCUCCAAACGUCGCUUCUUCCUCAGGUCAUCCCCUGCAGAGAGGAGGUACUUCAAGCGGGUGGUGCUCGCGGCCCGAACGAAGCGGGGGCAUCUGGUGCUGAAGAGCUUCAAGGACACACCCUUGGAGGGGCUGGAGCAGCUGCUGCCGGAGCUGAAGGUGCGCACGCCCACCCUGCAGCGCGCCCUGCUCAACCUCACGCUCGUGGUCUCGGGCGUGGCGGUGUUUGUCAACGUGGGCAUGGUGGUGCUCACGGACCUCAAGGUGGGCACGUCCCUGCUGCUGCUGUUCUUCGCUGCCUUCAUGGGCCUGCGGGCCUCCAAGAUGUUCGGACAGCAGCGCAGUGUGCAGGCGCUGGAGCUGGCGCACAUGCUCUACUACCGCAGCACGUCCAACAACUCAGAGCUGCUCAGCGCCCUGGCCCUGCGCGCGCAGGACGAGCAUGCCAAGGAGGCUCUGCUGGCGCACAGCUUCCUGACCCGGCGGCCAGGGGGCGCUGGCGGCCCGCCAGAAGAGACCUCCCAGUGGCUCCAGUCAGAGGUGGAGAAUUGGCUCCUGGCCCAAUCUGGCUGUGAGGUGACCUUCAACGGAACUCGGGCUCUGGGCCACCUGCAAGCCCUAACUCCCGGCACCGAGAAGUACCCGCCCGCGGGUUUCCCGAAACUAGACUCGUUGGGUACAGUAACGCACCCCCAGGUGGUGCCCGGAGGUGGUAACCCCUGACAGAAGCCUCUCUCUGCCCUACCCCGCCCAGCCACCUGGUUGGAAACUAAGCCCCGCCUCCUCCAUGACCAGCUGUCAGUCACAACCACUGUGCUUUGCAGCUCCCCAAUUUCCAGCCACAGGCAGUCAUGUUGCACUUUCUUCCUAAAGCCCCCAGUUAAGGCAGCCUACAUUUGCUAGCCUUGCUCUUCUGACUGCGCAGCCCAUCAAAGCUUUUUGGUUCUGCUGCUAUUCCAUCUCCGAGUCCCACCCCCUCUGGUUCGGCUGAGGAGGGAGCGUCAGCCAAUCACAGCUGUUCAACACUACCAACCACCCGGUGCAGUUGUGAGGCUGCGCCCUCCCGAGGCCAUCUAUCAUUGUCUUUUUAGCCUGUUCUGGGCAAAUUGCCCAUCAUGUUCACCAAGGCAGAGCCCCAGGCCACACAGCCAAUGAAAACCAAACUGCUAGGGACAGCCUG